AGAGAAAGUCCAACCUCUCCUCGGUCUGUUGGGAGAGAAAAGUGUUUAACAAUAAAAGAAACAAACCCGAAGGAGCCCAGUUCAACACCCAGAAGCUUUAAUUGUGCUUUGAUUUUGAGCUGAAACGUUGAAGCCACUUUUAAGAAGAGAUGAGUAAGAAAUAAAGGAAGAAGAACGGUGUUUAAACUUUAAAGAGCUCCGCUGCAGAUGUUAUGUUUUUAAAGGAUGCAAUUUGUGACUCUUCCGUGUGACGAAUAAAAGAUGGAGCAUCAAGAACAGAGAGAGGAGGAGGAGGAGGAGGAGGAGAUGAAGCAGCCAGGGGCCAAAGACAGAGUGAUCAGUGGACCCAUCUCAGACUCCUCCCUCACCUCCUUUCCUUUUCUCUCCUCCUCACCGUGCCCAGGAGGAGGAUGCGAGGAUGACGAGGUCAGGGUUGCCAUAGUGACCAUCGAGGACGAGUCCUGUCCGUCGGAACCGUUCGGCACGGAUUCCCACCUGGAAACGACCAAUCAGAUUGCACAAAGAUGCGGCGAGGGAGACGAAAAGGAGACAGGAGGGGCGGAAGGAGACCAUGGGGAGAAGGAAGGGAAAGAGGAGGAGGAGGCAAACUGUUAUGAAAGAGAGGAGGAGGAGGAGGAGGAGGAGGAGAACGGCGAGCUGACGUCUCCAUCGCUUCACCUGCUGAGCCAGGUGAAGAGGAAGUUGGACCACGGUCCAGAUGGCCGUCCCUUCCCAUCGGGGAAGAAGCGCUGCAAAGGCACCGGAUACCUCAGCCCCGCCACUUUGGUUCAGUCCACGGCGCCGCCCGCCUUCGACGACCUGCGGCUGGCCGGCGGGCUCUCGGCGCGGCGGCGUGUCUCCUCGGGGCCGCCGCCCUCCGGCCUGCAGGACUGGCUCCGCACCUUCCAGACGUGGAGCGGCCCAGAGAGGCUGCUGGCGCUGGACGAGCUCCUCGACAGGUGUGAGAGCGGCCAGGUGAAGCACGUGAUGCAGGUCAUCGAGCCGCAGUUCCAGAGGGACUUCAUCUCCCUGCUGCCCAAGGAGCUGGCUCUCUACGUGCUGACCUUCCUGCCUCCCAGAGACCUGCUGCAGGCCGCUCAGACCUGCCGCUACUGGAGGAACCUGGCUGAGGACAACCUGCUGUGGAGGGAGAAGUGCCGCGAGGAAGGUGUGUCAGAACACACGUCGAGCCGCCGCAGGAGGCGGCCGGGCGCCACGACCAGCCAGUGGAAGUCCGCCUACAUCCGACAGCACCGCGUCGAGAACAACUGGAGGAAGGGCGACGUGGGGGAACCGACGGUGCUGAAAGGUCACGGCGAACACGUGAUCACAUGUCUGCAGUUCAGCGGCGACCUCAUCGUCAGCGGUUCUGAUGACAACUCACUCAAAGUCUGGUCCGCCCUCACCGGAAAGUGCCUGCGGACGCUGGCGGGUCACACCGGCGGCGUGUGGUGCAGUCAGAUGGCGGUUGCCACGGUGAUCAGCGGCUCCACCGAUCGGACGCUGCGCGUGUGGGAUGCAGAGAGCGGCGAGUGUGUGCACACGCUGUACGGACACACGUCCACCGUGCGCUGCAUGCAUCUCCACGGCAACCGGGUGGUAUCGGGCUCCCGGGACACGACGCUGCGCGUGUGGGACGUGUCGACGGGGCGCUGCGAGCACGUCCUGACGGGCCACGUGGCGGCGGUGCGCUGCGUGCAGUACGACGGGCGCCGCGUGGUGUCGGGGGGGUACGACUACAACGUGAAGGUGUGGGACCCCGAGACGGAGGCCUGUCUGCACACGCUGCAGGGACACAGCAACCGGGUGUACUCGCUGCAGUUCGACGGUGCGUUCGUGGUCAGCGGGUCGUUGGACACUUCCAUCAGAGUCUGGGACGCAGAGACGGGGCGGUGUGUCCACACGCUGACGGGACACCAGUCGCUGACCAGCGGCAUGGAGCUGCGGGACAACGUCCUCGUAUCCGGGAACGCGGACUCCACUGUCCGGGUGUGGGACGUCCGGACGGGACAGUGCCUCCACACGCUGCAGGGUCCCAACAAGCACCAGUCGGCCGUCACGUGUCUGCAGUUCUGCAGAGGUCUCGUUCUGUCCAGCUCCGACGACGGGACGGUGAAGCUGUGGGACCUGAGGACGGGGGCCUGGCUGAGGGACGUGGUGGCCCUGCAGAGCCGCGGUUCAGGUGGCGUGGUGUGGCGAAUCCGAGCGUCCGACACGCGGCUGGUCUGCGCCGCCGGCAGCAGGAACGGGACGGAGGAAACCAAGCUGCUGGUCCUGGACUUCGACCCGGAGGAGGGGGAGUGAGGGCGACGACAACAACAACAACAACAACAACAACAACAACAGCGACUGAUUGGCCGUUGAGAAAAAGACAGAAACAUCCCGGACGCCAAAUGUGCCAAACGAAUGUUUUAUUUGAUGGAUCAAAAACUGUUUUUUUUAUUUUUGCCAAACCGACAAAACCCGAAACCAAAAGCAGCGAAUGUCGAGCUGCUUCUCAAAGGUCGGCGGUGAGGUCGCGACGCGCCUCGGGGGCCGGACGCCGGCCUGAAGGGAGAACCGGUACGACGGAGCUGAAACUUUUCAAAGUAAAAUAAAAACCUUUUAUGUAAAGAGGAUUUCUUCCUCUUGAAAACGUUAAAUCACUGAACUCAAGAAGCUUCAAACCGUCGUUCAAGAUUCAGUCAUUGGUCCUUUUAUUCACAUUAGUAGUUUUCAUAGAUUUCACUAUUUAUUAUAAAUCUGCCCUUCAGGGAUUUCUGUCAUUUGGCCGGAAAACCAAUAUUCUAUAUAUUCUAUAGAUGUUACAUACGUAUGUAAUAUGAAUAUACGAUGUUUGGUUGUGUAUAAAAUGAUAUAUAUAUAUAUAUAUAUUAUUGGAAUAUCCCUGAAUUUAACAUUUAACCAAAACGAUCUGGAUCUAUAAAUGGAACCGUGUUUGACCCUUCUGAGCUUCCGUAGAUCUUCCUACGACUUUUCCAUUUAAAAACGACUCCCCUCAGCGGGUGUCGCUCCGGCCUACAAGCUGCCGUUGCCAAGCAACAGCUGGACCAAUAGGCAGGAGACGAUGCGUCUCCAUGGCAACAGGCGGCGAGGCCGACCUUUCUGUAAAUACUGUAAAUACAACAAAGAGGAUGUAAAUAUUCAGCUUUUUAUGAGGAAACGUUGUUGGUGUAAAGAGAAGAAUGAAUAAAGACGCGUUUACAAAAACAAUC